AUGAAGCAGCUCAAUCCCUUGUCGAGCAGUACGCCCGUGAUCCACCGGUCGCGGGCGUCGUCCACAUCGUCGCUGACGUCGUCGCCACCGAUGGGCUGGCGUGCCCUUGACCAUGUGCGCGUCGAAAUCGUCCGAGCGAACGUUCUCAAAAACGUCGACAAGUCCCAGCCCCGUGAAGCCAGCGUCAUCUACGUCCUCAAGAUCUACGACGGCGCGUCGCACCACUUGGUGGAGCAGAGCUGGGCCGCGUUCCUUGAGCUCAAGCGCGACUUGCUGGCCGCGCUGGACCCAGGGCACGCGUGCAAUGGCAUGUGUCCCUGGCUCUACGAAGAUCUCGUGUCCAACUUUGACAUCCCCCGGCGCAACGUGUCGUUCUUCAAGUACCUUUUCAUUCGCCUGCACGUGAUCACUCGCCGAACGAUUCGAGUGUUCUUGGAGCAUUUCCAGGAGCUGUUAGACUCGCUCUUGCGGCUCCUUCACACGCGCGGCGGUCGCUGCAAGCAGCUACUUGAUGUCUGCACGGUCCUCGCGAGCUUUCUGCACAUACGACCACCCACGAUCGCCGAGGCCCGGUCGCGCUCGUCCAUUCCCUAA